CACGAACUGCGAAUAGCGAGCGGUUGGCCAAGUCUCCGCCAGUUACCAAUCGCAGUUCGACUCGAUAGGGGCAACAUCAUCCCGCAAUGAAGCAGUUUAUAGUUUGUGUCGUUUGCUUGCUCGGCGUCACCAGGGCGGAUGUGUCCCAUCUGGUCACCCCGGAACCCAAGGUUCCCGCCAGCCCCUAUGUGUUCAGUUACCAGGCUGGUCGAGCUCCAGGCCAUGUGGAUCGUCAGCAUACCGAGGUAUCCGAUGGCUCCGGCGUCAUCCGUGGGGCCUUCUCCUAUGUGGAUCCCAAGAACCAAGUGCGCACCGUUCAGUAUGUGGCCGAUGAGCAUGGUUUCCAUCCGCAGCUGAGCCACAAACUGGAGGACAGCGCAGCCGUUCAAGCAGCCAAGCGGAGGCACUUCGAGGCUUACAACCGCAUUGCGCAAGAGCAUGCGAGUCAGACGCCCGGCCAAGCGUCACUGGCUGCCGCUCCGCAUGCCAGCGCCGCUGUUGCACAUGCCACCCAGAAGCAUCUGAGCGCCUUCGAGCGGAUCGCAGCGGAGCAUGCGGCUAUAGGCCGCCAGCAGGAGGCACAGCGUCUGGCCCUGGCCGCUCAGUCCGAGCAUGGGGAGGUGGACAAUGGGCAGUACCAUCCAGAAUAGGACUGGCUAUGAAUAUUUUGGAAUUCUGUUUUUUAAAUGUUAAUAAAACGGAAGUUUCUGAUAUCCAUUGA